UCGUCCGCUCCACGAUGGCCGAUAAUACCACCACAGCAGUGUUUAUGUUUAGUUUAUUAUAGUAAUCGGGUCGCUGAGGAGGAAGAAUCAUGUCGCUGGAGGAGAAGCGGAGCGGAGCCCGGGCUCCGGAGGAGGAGGAGGCCCGGGCAGCGGACUUCUUCAUACCGGUACAAAGCGAGGGCGAGUGGGGGGAGGACUCCAGCAUGGAUCCGCGAAACGUGAUCCUGCGGAAGGCGGACGCUCUGGCCGCCCAGGACCGCCUGAAAGAGGCGAUAGAGAUGUUCUGCACGGCGCUGAGGCUCGAAUCGGUCCGGCCGGAGCAGCUGGGCACCUUGGUGGACUGCAUUGUGCGUGGUUACAGGAGGGGAGCCGGGGAGAGCGGAGCGGUUCUGCUCUGUCAGGGCUCCCAGGGUGGCCAGGACAGGGACGCGGACUGCGCGUUCGACUGUCCCGGCUGUCACAGGUUCAUGGGGGAGCCUGUCACGGUGGGAUGUGGGCAUUCAUACUGCAGGGGCUGCUUACACGGCGCGCUGUUGCCCAGGUGCCAGGUGUGCGGUGAGGACAUGGACCUCAUUAAACCCGGAGAAACCAAGCCCAACGUGGUUCUGAGUGCACUUCUGGAAAAGUGGUUCCCGGAGGAGGUGAGAAGAGCUAAGAGGGUCGGAGAAGCUGAGGCUCUACUGAGGAGCAGGCAUUUAGACCAAGCUGCUGCUCUGGCCAGUGAACUGUUAGAGUCUGACCCCAAUAAUGUCAGAUUGCGAGUUUGUCGAGGGGAGGUUUAUCGGAGUCUGCGGCUCUAUCACCAAUCGCUGGAUGACUGGGAUAUGUGUCUCAGCAUCUCUCCAUCUCUAGAGGGUUAUUACUGUAAGGCGAAGGUGCUGCAGGAGAUGGGUAGAGUGGAUGAGUCUCUGCAGCUCUUCCUGCAGUGUCUGGCUGUGGACGAGAACUUCCAGCAGGCCAAAGAAGAAGUGGAGAAGAUCCUCCAUGACCUGCUGUCUCCGGCGUGCGAGAGCAUGCAGGCCAGUCUGAGGGAAACUAAACCCUCAGCUCACCUGCGCAGUAAAGCCACGCUGUUAGACGCUCAGGUGAACACUAACACUCACCCUGCUUCCAUUGACUCACCACCCGAGUCCAGUGAGCUAUCCUCUGGUCAGAAGCUCGGCCGGUCAGAGAGUUUGGAGCGGUCAGGCUUGAGCCGAGCUCACUCCUUGAGGGCGCACCCACUGGGCGGUGCCAGGGAGGAGGGGCUAAAGAGGGUGUUCUCUGCCCCUCAGCUGGGUGACCAGGAAAAGGGGGCGUUACUAAAAAGGAAACUGUCUGGCUCAGAGGCGGGGCCAGGCCUGGUCAACACACACAGCAGCAAACACAAAAAACAAGGAGCGAUGGCCUCCGCAGCCCUGGCGGUCAGUGAGGAAACCGAACCCAGUUGGACCGUGCCAAGGGACCUGCUGGACCCCAACGACUUUGAAUGCCCGCUGUGUAUGAGACUGUUCUAUGAGCCAGUGACAACGCCUUGUGGACAUACAUUCUGUAAGAACUGUCUGGAGCGCUGCCUGGACCACAGCCCGCAGUGUCCACUCUGCAAAGAGAGCCUCAAAAUGUAUCUUGCCUCUAGGAAGUACGCUAUCACACAGGUUCUAGACGACAUUAUUAAGCAGUACCUGUCUGAAGAGCAUGUUGGGAGACAAAAGCUUCACACUGAGGAAACUAAAGAGCUGUCAGAUCUGCAGAAGAACGUUCCUAUCUUCGUGUGCACUAUGGCCUACCCCACUGUGCCUUGCCCGCUGCACGUGUUUGAGCCGCGCUACCGCCUGAUGAUCCGCCGCUGCAUGGAGACGGGAACGCGCCAGUUCGGCAUGUGCAUUAAUGAUGCCCAGAAAGGCUUUGCCGAUUACGGCUGCAUGCUCCACAUUCGGAGCAUCCACUUUCUGCCGGAUGGUCGCUCUGUGGUCGACACCAUAGGAGGGAAACGGUUCAGGGUUUUGAGCCGCAGCAUGAGGGAUGGAUACUGCACCGCUAACAUAGAGUACCUGCAGGACCAGCGGGUAGUAGAUGAGGAUGAGCUGGACCGUCUGCAGGAUCUGUAUGAUCAGGUUUAUAAUCAGGCCAAGGUUUGGUUCCACACGCUGGAGAACCGAUUCAGGAACCAGAUCCUGCAGCACUUCGGCCAGAUGCCAGACAGAGAGGCUGAUAUACAGGCGACCCCGAACGGUCCGGCGUGUUGCUGGUGGCUGCUGGCCGUUCUGCCGGUGGACCCUCGCUAUCAGCUCUCUCUGCUCUCCAUGACCACCCUGAGAGAGAGACUCGUCAAAAUACAGCACAUCCUCACCUACCUGCAGAACACACACACCGAGUAGUGCUCACACACACACAGCACUGUGCAAAAGUUUUAGACCCCUGAGAAAAUCAGAGGAAGCUGUUUAUCUGGGCUAUCUGCUAUAAAAGCACUAAUAUUAGCAUAAAUGCAAAUUUUAUGUAUGUCAGUGUGUUUGUUUAACCCUUUCCUGCCCUCUCCUCGAGAAAGGUCAGGAAGUUGGGAAUGCAGAAAUUUUAAGCCACGUUAAUGUGACGCUAACGACGACGUCACGCAGGAUCAUUUGCCUUUUUUCCAUUGUUUUGGUAAUUUACAUCAAACAGAAUGUCAUGCUGCAUUAUAGUUAGGCGUGAUGCGUAUGGAGUCAACUUUUGCCAAAAGUGUCAAAUAAAAUAAUAAAAUCCACAAACAAACAGCAACAAAAGCUUCCAAACUAUGUCGCAAAUACAAUAGGAGUUAAAUCAGACUUAAUUUUUUCAGAAAGAUUACAUUCAUUUUCAUUCAUUUUGAAAUAAAUGUCAGCCGUUUCUUGAAAAAACAAAAAUGAAGAAGCGCUGCAGAGGUCGCAAAGAUGAAGCAAAAGGACAGGCGCUCCUGGGGCAUGGGUGCCGCAGACUCAAAAUAACAGUCCCAUGCUGGGAGUGACAAAAAAACAGAAAAUCCAUCUGCAUCCACAAAGCACAUGCAGAAUAAAUCCCAGAGCAAAGAAAAUCCUGAGCACACCGUCCUCAGAGAAGUAUAAAUAGCCUUUAUUGAAACAUGGCAAGGUGUAUAAAAAUGUGCCGAUGCAUUGCAGCAUAUCAAUAUCAAUUAUCAAUUGAUGUGAUAUUUUGUGUCCUGCACAUUUUUUUUACAUAUUGCCAUAUUUUAUACAUAUUUUGAGUAAUCUGGUUACUUACUUUACUUUUUCUGUUUGCUAAGGAGCCCUGCUGGUGACCUCCCAGAUCAAUAAUGCAUGGCCACGCUGUAUUAACUCGUGGGAACGAGGUCCUAAUGUGUGGCCACGACUUUGUAAGGCAUGGGAACAAGAUCAUGCCUUACUAAGUUGUGGCCACGCAUUAUUUUUAUUUGCUCAGGAUGUCACCAGUUUGCUGAUGUUGCUGAUAUUUUUUGCUUCUGAAAUCUUUAAUUUGCUUCUGACUUUUGGCACAUUUUCACAGGGGGCGGGGCUCAGAACAGGGCGCUCACCUACACACACGAAAUGCGACAGAAGAGCGAAUCCAGAAGCAAAAAUAUAUCAGCAAAUUUAAAAAAGCAAAAGGCAUAAUACAUUAAUAUUAGAAUGAGUGAAAAUGGAUAGUAAUCUUUUUUUAAAAAUUAAGUUUUGCUUGUGGAUUUUAUUUUUUCAUUUAAACAUUCGGCGCAAAAUUGAUGACGACAAUAGAUAAAUGUGUAAACAUAACUGACACGUCAGACCACUGAUGCACAUCAGCUCAUUCCUAAUGCCACUUUAUGCAAACGAGCUGAGGGUGAACCAGUCAGAUUGCUGAGGUGUGGUGCUGCAACUGAUUGUGUCACGUCUGCAGUCACACAGUGGGGUUUAGCACACUGAGUGGGAGAUAUAAUGGUUGCUAAAACGUUAUUAUUAUGUUAGAUGAUUCUUUUUAAAGUUUAAAAGUGUUAAGCUGCUUUGGCUUCCAUCUCCGCACACGUUUUCACUCUUUGCACCUCAGCCUGCAUGUUUUAGUGUCUCGCUGUGAUGUAAAUACAGCGUGAAACACUGCAGUUACUGCAGGUUUUAAAUUAUAUGAUUUUUUUUUCCUUUGCUAGAAAAGUUCAGAUCUCUGUGGUUAUUACUGUUAUUAGCAGUUGCAGCCCUGAAAUCAGCCCCCUCAGUCCCCCCACUUUCCGCGUCUCUGAAGCCCAGUAUUAAUCAGAGUGAUCAUCCAGUACCUGCUUUAUCUGAUCAAUACUUCAUUAUGUUAAAUCAGGAGCUGCUGAUGGAACUGAACAAAGUCCUGUGGUGGUCAGGAAACGAAUCUGUGUUCCUCUUUGUUCUUCUUAUUUACAUAUUCAUAACUUGACUGAAAUCAGCACAUUCUGACUCCUGACUGUGUUUAUGUUUAUUUAUGUUUAUUUUAAUGAUAAAUAGUGUUAAAUCAAACUUUAAGCCCAGAUAAACAGUUAAAACCGUUUCUGCGGCUAAAACUUCUGCGCGGUUCUGUAUAUUAAUGGAAAUAAUCGGACGCUCAUUGGAUUCACCGUCACUGACUCACUUUCUGUCGUCUCUCUUUUCAUCUCUCUCUUUUCCCACUCAGUCUCCUUUUCUCGCUUCCUCUGUCUCUUUUUCCCCUUUCAUCUCUCUCCCCACACUUUCUCAUCUCUUUCUCUUUUUUUAUCCCUCUUUUCUUUUGUCUCAGUCCCUUUAUCUCUCUUCUUUUCUUACUCUGUUUCUUUUCUCUUUCUCCCUCUCCCUCUUUUUCUUUCCCAGUGCUUCUCUUUUUUUUAUCGCUCGUCUUCCUUUCUUUCUCUUUUCUCCUCUCUCUCUCUCUCUCUCUCCCUCGCCCUCUCUCUGUCUCUCUCUCUCUCUCUCUCUUUCUCUCCCUCUCUCUCUCUCUCUCUCUGUGUUCUGAGUGAAACAGAAUCCUAAAUGCUGAUUGUUUGUUGUCUCUGAAUCUGAUGGACUUUUUUCUGUUUGUAAUGUUUUUAUUUAAUCAAAAUGCAAAUGAUGGAAUGGGAAAAUCCGUCUCUCAGUUUAUUCUACUGAGAGAGAGGGAGUGUGUGUGUGUGUGUGUGUGUUUUAGCGCACUCGAGUUACUUUCAUAUCACCGGAGCGGAAGGAAAAAAACAUGCACGAUCCCUCGAUCCCGUUUUCCUUCACCUCUCUGUUCCCGCAGUUGCACUAAUCAGAACUUCCACAAGAGAGCGCUGUUAUUCAAGACCGCAGUAUUAAAGGGCAAUUCCACCAUUUUUCCACAAUUUCCCCAUAAUUCAGUGUGUGAGGUGUAAACAGAGAGAUUCAGAGUGGUUUGGUGUGAAAUGGUUCAGAUGACUUUACAGUGGUGGUGAUAGGAACCAGGGGUCGCCAUGACUACAACACAAAUAUAGACAUUUUAUUUACUAUCCAGAACCACCAGUGAACCUACACGAGUCUUCUGAGUUUAUAUGGAAUGUUGAUGACAGUAAAGCUAUUUAAUUAUUUUAAAAAUGUCUUAAAAAAAUGUUCAAAACUAUCAUAAAACAGUGUCUCAGUCAUCAGGCAGUGAAUUCAUAACCAUUUCAUGUAGUAACUUUCUGUGAGGGAGCUUUUAGAGGUGGAUGUCUGGUUCCUAUCACCACCACUGUGAACAGUUCUGACUCGGUAAGUUUAUCUAGAACAGAGCUCUGGACAACUUUGUCUUAACCAUUUAAUUAUUCAGAAAUUGUUGAAAAUGUGGUGGAAUUCCCCUUUAACUGUUUAUUGAAGCCUAAAGUUCCCAUAUCUGUAAAAGCUUCUGUGACUGAAAUGAGUUUUUGGAGCGUAUUUGUGUAAAUAUACUGGCAGUUUGAACAGAGCAGUACUCUGUGAAGUCUGUACGCUGCCUCAGCGAGUGGACGCACUAACUUUGCCUUAUUAAAACCAUUCUGCAUUCUGCUUAUGUGGCAUAAUGCACUGGCUUCGAGGUUUUUGCAUUUGUAUUUCAAAUUCCUUUUGUGUAUGUGUACAGUUUAUGAAAGAAUGACUCGGCUGUAUGCAAAUCAGUGUUUUGGGGAGGAAAUUAUUGUUGUUUUUUUACAGAACUGUGCUUUUUUGCUUGAAUAUUUAUGUUGUCAAUUUUAAAUUAAAAUAAAAUUGAAUUUAAAAACUA